CAACUUCGAAAAUUACAAUCACAAUUUCUUCAUUUUCAUCACAACCAUGAGUAUCUAAAAAAAGCCUUAGAAAUCAAUGCUAAGCUUAUCGAAGCAAAUCCCGAGUUUAUGACUGCUUGGAAUUUUCGUAAACUGGCAUUCCAACAUAAUGAAGCUCAAUCAGAUACGGCUGACUGCAUUCAGUCGAUUAUCGAUCAAGAAUUACAAGUUGUGGAAAGUGCACUGACGAAGAAUUUCAAGUCUUAUGGAGCUUGGAAUCACCGAAAAUGGGUGCUUAGCAAAGGGGAUACUUCAACAGAGCGGGCAUUGGGGUUUGUAAAUCAGUUUCUGAAGCAAGAUGCCCGCAAUUUUCACGCUUGGAAUUACCGGAGGUUCAUAGCUGUUUUGAAGAGUAUAUCGGAUGAGAAGGAGCUACAAUUUACUACUGAUGAUAUGAUAGAAAAAGACUGCAGUAAUUACUCUGCUUGGCAUAAUCGUAGUGUUCUCGUAACUCAUUUACUGGAUAAAAAGGUCAAAGGAUAUUUUCCUAAGGAGAAGUUAUUUAAGGAUGAGUACGAGUUUAUACAUAAUCCGGUAUCUACCGAUGCAGGUGAUCAGAGUGGGUGGUUCUAUCAUCUUUGGCUUCUUGAUCAAACUGUUAAAGCUGGCAUGCCUCUUUUAGCUUCUUCAUGGCCUCCUCAUGGCUCUAAGAUAAAUGCACCAAUAAAUCUAGAGGCACAUGCUUUGUCUUCUUCUGUCAUUCUUUAUUUUAAUGAACCAGUUGAAGGUUUAAGUUCACAUACUGUUAGUGUUGAAAUUGAUGAUGAAAUAUGUAAGAAUAUUACUUGGAGUCCACUUUUAUCAUAUAAAUUUGGAUGUGCUUGGGUGGCACAUAUGAGCAUUCCUUAUGAAAGACCUAACUCCUCAAAGACAUUUCAAGUGAAAGUUAACUCAGAACAUUUUCAAGGGAUAACUUCCUUGAGUGGUAUUCCAUGUAGCCAACCCUGGUCUUUUGACAUGGGUGAAUUGGUUGUGUAUUGGUUAGCUGGUUGUAUGCAUUCGUAUACAGUUAGGGCGACUACUGAUCUGCUUGAAGCACUUGAUCAUGAUGGUAUUAAAAUUGGGAAGCUUACACUUGCAAGAUUAUUGAUGGCAUAUGAUGAUAUGGUGUCAACCGAUACUCCAAAUAUGUCUAAUGUAGAGGAAGUUUUGCAACUAUAUUCUGAAUUGAUGAAGUUGGACCUGUCACAUCAUCAAUAUUACAAGCAUAAGCACAGCUUGGUUUUCUUAAAACAGGUGACUUCAAGCAAGGAUUCUUUGCUAAAAUACUGCUGGCAGUAUAAAGAGUCAACUUCUACCAAUAUUACUGGUUCCGUGUGCUUAAGAUUAAAUUCUUUAUCAUUGUCAAAAAUUGGAUCCUUUGAGCGGUUAUUAUGGGUGCAAAGUCUUGAUCUUAGCCACAACGAACUUCAUUCUAUUGAAGGAUUGGAGACUUUGCAGCUUCUCUCAUGCUUAAACCUUGGUCACAAUAAACUCUGCAGUUUUACAGCAUUAAACCCUUUGAGAUUAUUGAAGUCACUUAAAGUGUUGAAUAUAUCCCACAAUGAGAUUGGUGCACACACUGUAGACACAAAAUGGUAUCUGUGUUCAUCUCCCUUGUCACAUACACUCGAUUAUGAUAAAAAAUUUGAAGAACUUGCUAAUGGUUAUGUCAAAGUGGACAACUUUUGGGAAGCUUAUUCAAUUAUUGGAGGUCUAAAUUUGAUACAGCUAAAUAUAGCAGGGAAUGCUGCUGCUGAUGAAAGGUUUGUGUCGUUUCUGGUUAAAUUGCUGCCUGGACUUAAAUGGCUUGAUGAUAAAGAAUUGAAGUAGUAGUACUAAUUUAUUUACUGUUGGGGAUAUACAGUAAACAACGAAAAUAAACCGGAUUAUACAAUCACUGAAGGCGCGAUACGCUUUCAGAUUGAAUCAAUUUGGUGGUUCACCCCAAAUUAUUCAACCGGAUACAAUCAGUGAUUCGAGAAUUUUCUGUAUGAUUUGUGUUUGAGUUUUGUGAGAAAACGGGAGAGAAAAUCUUUCUGAUUUUCGUAACAACAGAAUGUAAAAAUUUA